UACUCCAUUAAUAAUAAUGUCGUUUCUUUCUUUCACCAUGAAGUUGAAGUUGAAGUUGUUAUCAUCUUCUUCUUCUUCUUUCGCCUCUUUUGAUCCCAAUAACAGCAUUAAUAAUAACAUUCCCUCUUCGAAAACUGCCACCACUCCUGCUUCUGGCUGUCUUGCUGCCAUCUUACGUGCAAUUCUUUGCUCUACAACUCUCCCUGCUCACCCAUCUCAUCAAAUCACUCACACUCAGCUUGCUUCUGUUUUAUGUGAAAAGGAUCAACAAUUCAACUCCCAAGACAGGGUUAUGCCUAGUCUUCUGGCAAGAUUAAUGGGCUUGGAAGGUGUUCCCAAUGUGACUAAUACAAAAAUAUCGUCAACUCGAUCGACGAAUUCAUUGAAUUUUGAGGCAAGUAGUGGUCAGAUGGAAGGUGAUUAUAAGCACACAAGAGUAAAGAGUAGUACAUUGUCGAUUCUAGAGGUGCCGACCUUUUUUGAGGUUGAAAAUGAUGAAUUUUUUGUCCUCAGCUUUGGUAAUGGAAAUGAAGAUGAAGAAAAGAGGUCAAGAAGGAAGAAAUUUGGGAUGGGUCCUGGAGAAUUGAAGCAAAGAAGAGGUGAGAGAUGCCGAAACAAGCACCAGGGAGUCUCUAAUAAGCUUGAAAAUCCAUGCGUUGGUUCAGAAAUUAUGGAGUGUGAAGGAGCAAAAUUAAGGAGGAGAAAGAAGAAGAAGAAGAAAGUUCAGAGUGUCGAACAUGAAAGCAGUUCAGAAGAUUCAAGCCCAGUUUCAGUUCUUGAUUUUGAUCAAUUCAUUAUGUCAGAGUUGGAUUGUUCAAACUUGGUGGAGUCAAAUUCAAGAAGAAAAUUAUCACCAGAGCCUGAUCAAAAUUCUGAGGGCCAAUCAAGAAGAAAUGACAAUAAUUUGAUGAUUCUUGAUGUACCAAAGACAAAGAAAUCUGAAGGCAAAUGUGUUGGAUCAAGAAAGAGAUAUCUGCAUAGUCACAAUUACCUAAACGUCUGUGAUCAAAUUUGCAAGAUGACUGAUGGUGAGGUAGCUGAAUCAAAUUGGUCACACAGAAAAAACAUCUUGAAGCAUGAAGAUUUUGAAGAAAUUUCUGCAGAUUUAGAGUCUCAAAUCUUUGAUCAAUCACUAGAUGAGCUGGUUCAUCAACUUAUUGGACUUGCCAUGUGGACUUAAUACAUGUAAGAUUUUUGUAAAUUAUGGUAUUAACCAAAGAAACAACUUUUAACCCA